CGGUGUGGGUCAGGUCAUGCACCCACCAGGCCAUGGAGCAAUCUGGAGGAAGAGAUGGGGUGGGGGAUCUGGUUGCUGCCUGGAUUAGUGGGAAGCCAAGAAAUCUUUACGUUAUCAUCGCUGUGUAUUAUGGAUUCAAGAGCUGAUGGGAUAAUCAGUCAUGCCGUUGUUCAAAUGGAUAAUGUCAUGGACCAUUUGUGAUUGCACCAGCAAAAACAAAGACAUCAGUCGUCUAAUCUGAUAUCCUGGGAUUGAAUGGUCACCUUCUUCCUGGCAGCCACAUUCUGCUGCUGAUAUCCUAUGGAUUUGGGUUUUUUGUUUGGAAACAAAAUCUUCUGUCCGAUCAAGCUGAAUACGGGAAAAGUAGGUGAAUUUUCCACCCAUUCCUGGCCAGAAUUUAAUUAGUCGUACAAAAUGAGGAGGAUACUAAGUUUUGCAAAGAAAAAGAAAAGACUUUCACCGAAUACUUCAGACAAUGCAGGUGAAAUGCUCGUAGGUUAUGAAUUGAAAGGGAAAGAUUUGGGAAAGCUGCACAAAGCUGCUUCUGUUGGGGAUUUGACCAAACUCCGGCAGCUCAUUAAGAAAAAUAAUAUCAAUGAACUGGAUAAACAAAACAGAGCACCAUUACACCUUGCAUGUGCACGUGGACAUGCAGAUGUGGUUACUUUGCUUGUCGAAAAUAAAUCAAAACUGAAUAUUUGUGACAAUGAAAACCGCUCUCCUUUGAUGAAGGCAGUACAGUGUGAACAGGAGGAUUGUGCAGUUAUCUUACUAGGCCAUGAUGCUGAUCCCAACCUGGUGGACAUUAAUGGACAAACUGCCCUGCAUCUUGCUGCCAUGAUCCCUAAUAUCUCUUUGGUAAUGCACUUGCUGGAGCAUGGGGCAAACAUAAAUGCUCAAGAUAAGGAUGGCUGUACUCCAUUGCUGUUAGCAAUUACUGCUAAACAUCAAGAAAUGGCAGAAUAUAUUCUUAAAAAGGGUGCGGAUGUGAAUGCCAGGGACAGAACUGGGAGAACUGCCCUGAUGAUCGCUGCGAGCAAUGGACAAAUUAACUUGGUUAAGUUACUUCUACAUUAUGGUAUAGAUGCAUCAUUAAAAGAAGAUAAAGGAUGGACAGCUGAAGAUCAUGCUCUUAUGAAUGGCCACCAUGCUUGUUCUCAUCUAAUCAUUGAGCAUAAUACAAAAAAGAGACUUCAAUCACCACAUUAUGGACCGAGAAAGAUAAAGGGGGUGCCCAAUACUCCGGAUCAUGCUGCUAAAGUAAACAUUGGAUUUGGAGGACCAGCCAUAGAUAAAGAAAAAUAUCAGGAGUCUCCUGAACUGGAGUCAAGAGCAAGUGAUUCUGACAAAGUGAUAGAUGAUGUUUCUCAGAUAGAGUCAUUUAGUGGGGAGUCAAAGAGUUCUGGUGACUCCUGGUUUUCUUCAACUGAAGAAGAUGGAUUAGAGUGUAGCUCCAAGACAACACAGAAGCUUAAUUUGACCAAGUUGAUAAAUUCUUCACAGCAAAACAAGGAAAAUAUGAAUGAAAAGACGGUUGAUGACAAAGCACAGCGCACGAGUAUUUUGCAACCAGCUGAUUCAGAUACAAUUAUGGUAGAAGAUUUAGAAAAUGAUUGUCAAGAUGAAGAAGAAAUAAACAAGAAUGGCUGGCCAACUUCACCACUUCAGGCCAGGACUUCGUUACGUGAUUCUCCAAAAACUGUUAGUCGUUCAUUGAGUUUUCCUUUUCAAAAACAGGUCAACUCUAUCCCAUUAAAAGGCAAGAAGGAGGGCAUGUCCGGGGAUGAACAGGAGGCCCAGUCUUUAAAAAUGCGUUCCAGCAUUUCAAGAAUUGAAGCAAUAGAUCCUGUUUUUAGUGAACCUUCUCCAGAUACGAUUCUCGUGCAAAAGACUUCGCCAAGAAAAAACAGAAGAGACCUACUUUUGGAACUGGGAUUGGAUGAGGCAGAAGCUGAAGAAAAUACAGAAUCUCCUAAGGAUUCAGAGUCUGUCACGGAUAUCUCAUGGAAGAAAUCAAUUGGUUCAUUGGUUUCGGCUGGUGUCCUGAGCCAUAUGAACAUUAGGAAGAACCAAGAUGAAGAUGACUCAAACUGGGACUCUGAAAGUGCUUCCGAUAAAAACGUAUCACCAACUAAGUUGCCUUGUGAUAAGCAAAUGAGGAAAGUUGGCAAAAUGGCUCUCCAAACACCAAAUGAAGAAUUGUCCAAUAUUGACACCCCAAUAAACAAACCAAAAACACCAUCUGAAGAGAUUGUUUGUGACUUGAGACCACCAGAGUCUGAAGGCUCAGCUGACUCAUUGAAACCUAAGUUGUCUUCAUAUUUGUCAACACAAAAUCAACUUCCUGCUGAGCUUCAGCAUAGAAGUGACAUAAAUGCCAAAACGAAAAAUGGAAAUGUUUGUGAAUGGCAGAUGUCUCCAAUUGAGGAUAAUAAAAAGGAAAAUAAUUCUGAAUGGAAAAAUGAGGAUAAACGUAUUUUCAGAACAACGAGUAUCGGUGGCAAAUUGUAUACUGAAUGCCUCCAAUCUGAAAAUGAAACUUAUAAAGGAACGUUGCUUAUACACCAGAAAGCAGAAGAAAUGGUCCUGAAUGAGAAACCUAAAUUGAUCAAUAGUGGUGGCACUGCCAAAGUGAUGCGGGUCGAAGAAAAUAAUAGAAUGGCCAUAGAUGAAUAUGUCAAAGUCCAGGCAGAAGAAGACAAAAGGACAUCGCAUCAGGAAAUUCUGACAGCUGGGCUGAAAGAAAGCCCUGAAGAAAUUCACUACAACAAAAAUGGUGCAGGCACAACGGAAACUUCAGAAGAUUGGUCCGGAAAUGACUCUUGCAGUGAAUAUAAUGAAGAUAUUGUAAUUCCGCCUUCAGAGAAUAAAGAAGUUACUGUUCUAGAGGAAGAAUUGGAAGAAGAAAAUAUAAAUAACGAACAUGGCCGCGGAGGACUUAAUCUGAUUAAAGGGCAGCAAGAAUCACAAGGUUUUUUUACGGAGCCAAAGAACGAGCAGCAAACAUUCAAAAUAUACGAGUCUAACCCAACAGAAAAUCAUGGUGAAAACAGCAUGGAGCAUAUUUGUGCACUUAAGGAAGUUAGUGCAAAAAAGGAGUUAAAUUUGGAAACAGUUGAAGAAGAUCAUAAUAAAUUAAAGGAAUUAUCCACCAUGAAAGGAGAAGGAAAUAAUGGUGCUGGUUACUUUUCGGAUUUAGAUUCUGAUGAAUAUAGUGACUCUCAUAAAAUGGAUUGUGUGGCUGCAAGCAAAGCAUGUUCUGUCAAAAAAGCUGCUUGUUUAAGUAAAGCUUUGAUGCCGCCUACAGAAUUAGUCGAGUUUCCAUCCUCAAGAAAUGAAGAUUUUAUGCCCAAGUGUUUUCCUCAUCUUAAUGUAAGACACUUUGAAUCACCAGAUAUGAAACACUAUCCGAGAACUCUCCCAUUGACCUCUAUGGUAGCUGCCAAACCUUACUUGGAUGAAGAAUUAGAGGACGAUAUGCAACACUUUACGAAUGAGGUAGGAAUGCUCAAAGUGGUAUUCCUGGCUUUGGAAAAAAAGAAAUUACAGCUGCAGAAAGAGAUUAAUGUAGUAAAAGUAAACCAUAUUCAUCAACAUAAAUCGGGGAAUGGAGAUAGUUCCAAACAGUUACCGUCUAAUUUAAUGACAAGUGUGCAUAUAGAGACACCAACUGAAACCUUCCUCAGCAAAGACAAAAAAAGGCCUCUUUUUAAAGGGAUUAAUUUGGGCUCAAAUGAGGAGAAUUCUGAAAGUCAUCAACGUAAUCAGCCAAAGCAAGCUGAUCAAGAGUUGAAAAGCAUUGAAUUGAAAAACAUUGAGAGACUGGUUAGACUGCAACAGAUGUCUGCAAUGAAUGCCUUAUCUGCCUUUGAUGACAGUACUGCAAGUGAGAUGUCCCAAGAUGAAGAGAGAGCUGUCAAUGUAUGUCCAAGUAAAACGCUCAUGAAACCAGUAAAUAUUUCUGAUGACCUGAAUGACCUCACGGAGUCUUCUGGUACAGCUACAGGCGGCUCAGAAUAUUCUGAUCCUGGGCACAGGAAUACCGCACAGUUAAUUGCACAACUAGAUUCAGAGACAGUCGACUCAGUAAGUUUACUAAAAAUCCAAAAUAAGGUUCAGGAAGAUGAAAGAGCCGUUGAACGAGAAAAGAAGCGUUAUAGCUUGCUCUCAGAGAAAGUGAAAUAUCUAGAGAAUGAGCGGAAAGAGCUCCACCAAACAUUGAAGGGGACCAGAGAAAUUAAAUCCAAACUCGAGUGCCAAAUAGUGGAGAAGGAUAUUGACCUUAAUCGCCUCAAGUUCAGUACAAAGCAAGAGCAAAAGAAACGUAAAACUGCAGAAAUGUUGUGUACAAAGAGCCGUGAUCAACUUGAGAAAAAGGAAUUCCAGUAUUGUGAAGAAAUGAAGGCAAAGCACGAAUUAGAACUGACGAUAAGAAACCUGGAGAUGGAAAGGGAAACAUUGAUCACCAAUCUGCAACAGCUGAGUGAACAACAAAAAGAGUUGCAGAGCCAAUUCAACAAGGAGCAAGUGCAAGAAGAAAUCCUGAACAACAGCCUGCAGAGAAGGCAAGAAAUAGAAGUGGAAGAUAGUAUGGCUGUAAAAAAGAUAGAGCCACUUGCACAAUGUGAUAAUACUUAUCACGAAAAAGCUGGAAUGCAACAAAAUUGUGCACUACAGGAAGAAGUUACUAAGCUCAAAUUUGACUUGCAUUGUGUGCGUGAACAGAAUCAAGAAGUACAGGAAAAGUAUCUGGAGCAGAUUGAGACGUUAAAGGUAAAGCUGGACGAUGCAAAAAAAGACUUAAAAUGUAAUGAAGAUACUCUAACUCAAAAUGCUUUGCAAUAUAAUGGUCAACUGAAUUCCAUUAAAACUGAAGUUUCAAUGUUAACUUCCAAACUUGAACUUGAGAAACAAAAUAAAGAUUAUCUGGAGAAUGAGAAGGAAGCUAUACAUUCACGUUUAAAGGAAACAAUUCAAGAAUUAGAAUGUAUUCAGGAAGCUAAGUCUGAACUCGAACGAAUUCUGCAAAGGGAACAUGAUGAACAUGUCCAUUCAGAUGAGAAAAUGAACAAUGAAAUUUCCAAUCUUCAUGAAAGCAAUAGCACAAUGUCACAGAGAUUAAGUAAAGAGGAGGAAAAGGCCAAUGAUCUGGACAAAAAACUUCAUUGUGCAACACUUUCUUUUGCUGAGAAAAGCCUUUUGUUACAAAGUGUUCAGAAAGACUUGAAGCAAUCUCAGAUUCAUUUAACUGAACAAGAACAGAUGAAUAAAGUGCAAAAAGAACAGAUAAGCAAAUAUGAGAUUUGUAAGAUAUCUUUGCAGGAGAGAUUGGCCCAAGCCCAUAGCGAUAUUACACUGUUACGUCAACAGCUUGAAGAUGCACAAAAUAAAGGUAUCAUGAAGGAAAAGGCAGCAGCUGAUGUUCAGGACAGAUUCAAUGACAUGUUUACCACACUUCGAGGCGAUAGUGAGCAACGAAUAAGUUUGAUGGAAAAAAGAAAUGAGGAGCUGAUGAGAAAGAACAUUGAACAAAGAGAACAAAUGUGCAAGUUUGAAAAUGAAAAAAUUGGAAGAGAGGCUACAUUGAGGCAGCUUCAACAGGAGCUUGCUGAUUCACUGAAAAAACUUUCAAUGUCAGAGGCCUCUUUGGAGGUGAUCACACGCUCCCGCAAUGAAAUGGAGGAUGAAAAAUUACAUUUACAGAAGCAGUUGGAGAAAUUGAAAGUUAAGUUACAGGAGACUCAAGACAAAAACAUGCAGUUAGAGAGGAAUAUCCACCAAUUGGAGAAUGCUCUGGAUGAUAAAGAACGUAAUCUGAUUGCAAAUUCUUGGAAAAUUCAAGAAGCUGUUUUGGCCUCUUCUCAAAGGACGGAGGCUACAAAGCAACUCGAAGAACAUAUUCAACGAUUAGAGAUAGAGAAUGCAAAAUUAGAUGCCUUUGCAAAACAGCAGACAAAUAAAUUUGAGUUGAUGGAGAAGGAACUUCAAGAGACCGAGUCAGUACGUGCUCGUCUAGAAGACUUAAUAACAAGUUUGCAAGCAGUAAAGAUUAACUUGGAGGAUCAACUCAAUCAAGAGCUACAAAAGCAAAUGAUAUUGUCACAAAAUGCUAAAGAUUCACAUCAACUAUGGGAAGAAGAACUGAAAUCUCGAUCUAAGCUUGGACUUCGACUUUUUCAGUUGGAUAAAGAAAAGAAUGACCUAUCAGACCAGGUUGACAGUGAAAAGAAAAAAGUUAAGAAACUUGCAGAGGUUAAGCAGGCAGUUGAAACUAGACUGGCUCAUGAAAUGACAAGAAACAAUGAACUCCAAAAGGAAUUAUCCCGAAUGAGAACACUGUUGAAGACUAUCAAAAAGAAGUUGAAAGACAAUGAAACUGGACAGUUUGUUGCCCAGUUCAACAGUAUUCAAGAAUUGGAUCAAGGGGGUUCUGAAACAGUGGCCACUAUUACUGAACAGAAGAGCAAGAUUCAUGAAUUAUCCAACCAAUUGGAAGUAGAAUCUGUAAAGUGCAAGCGAUUGGAAUCAACCAAUCAAGAACUUUCUGAACAGGUCAUAGCAAUGCGAGUUCUACAAAAAAAUCAUGACCAAUUGGAGAAAAGGAAACAGCAACUAGAGGAGGAAGUAUUGUCUUUGAAAAAUCAGAUUGAAACAAGAAGGAAAGACUACAGUCGCUUGGAAAACUACAAGAGGAAAACAGAGGAACAAGCUCGUAACGAAAUCAAGCAGAAACUGGAAGAAGUAAAUGCAUUCUUUCAGACUCAUCACGCUUCCAAAGAAACUUUGGAUCAUUUGAAAGCAUCAAAUGAACUUGAAUCUCGAAAUGAAUUGGAGCAGAAAAACAAAGACCUACAAAUUGAACUAAAUAAGUUUAGAGAUUCACAUCUAGAAGGCCUGAAUCUGAAAGAAUCUACACAGAUGGAAAUUGAAAGAUAUAAGGAAUUGUAUUCGGAAGAAUUAAAACGACGAAAAUCCAUUGCAGCUAACCUUGAUAGAUCAAAUGAGAGGUUAGCAGAAACCAAUGCCAAAUUGCUUAAAGAGCGCAUUCGUUCAAAAUCCUUCAUUGCUGAUAGCAUUCACAAUAAAGGUUUAACCACAACCCACACUCUGAAUGAGAGUCACCUGGAAAGUAUAUUGGGUAAUUGCAGAGACCUGGGACCAACCAACAGAAUUCUCGGAAGCAACUUGAAUCCAGCAGAGGGUGGAAUUCCCCCCAGCAAAAAGGUAGAGUCGUACCUCAUUAAGAUGCAGGAUGAAUUGCAAAAAAGUAUUACCAAAGAACUUGCUCAAGCCAAUGCCGAUUUGGACAGUGCAUGUUCUCGUAUCUCACCUCUGGGAUCUGCUGCUUGCUCAUUGGCAAGCCCUAACCAAGUUCAGGAUCCUGUAGCUACAGCCACGGAACAAUACCUGGAGGUUCUGAAGAAAAAUUACAUGAUUUGAAUUGUAUUGUACAUUAAAAAUAAUAUGGACUUUCUCCACAGAACAGUUGUAUUUAUCACAUUUUUACACAUCAGAAUAAUGUGUAUUCAAAUAAAAUUUGUUGUUACAAUCCAUGUUAAUUGAUCGCAAAACUUGGAAGUUUAUAUUUCUGCAAUUAUUUUUGCUCAGGAGUAUUUAUGUAAAGUUACUAUACAGGAUCUAUUUUUAUAAAUGGCUUAGACAAUGCUGACAGCCCAGUUCAAACAAUUUCAAUAAUGUCUCCUACUUAGGUACAGAGAAUUUUUUUUUGCACACAAUUCAGUAAAAUCUUACUUGAAAUAAACACCUAUAACUAUUAUUUAAUUAUCUGAAUAAGGAUGAAAAGUAACCAGGUCGGAACAUUUAGUCAAACUGCAUUGUAUUCAUAUUGUUCUGCAAUUACUGUAAAUAAUACUAUAUAAAAAUUGUAUGUGGUGUGAUGUCCAUUCGUUUGUUACACAGUAUUGUACGCUGGUUCUCUUGUGAAAGAUUGCCAAGACUACUUGUUUUGGUACAUGUAGUGCAAAAACAUUGCAUUCCACAAGUUUCACUAAUAAAUAUUGAUGUAUA